AUGUCUCCUCGAAUCGAACGACAAGGAACAGACAAUCGAAGGUCUUUGCCACCCUUCGGUAAAUUUAGAGCUAGACUUGAACGUCGCAAACGACAAGGAAACAAGCGUGCAACUUCAUGGCCAGAUGCCUCCUAUCGACUGAUUGAAGCCAUUAACCCUGGUUCUCGGGAGUUGGCGAAAAGCAUGACAUGGUAUGGGUUUUGGGUCGCUGAACAAAUAACGAGUCUCCGUCCAUGUUUAGUCAACCUUAUCCCUGAUUAUGACAAUGAUGACAAUGAUCUCUGGCAGCCACAGUUCCUGAAUCUAUGGGACAGGAUCGCUCUGCAUCUCCGCACCAACACAGAUACUCGGAUCGACACAAUCAUUGACCUUCUCAUUAAAGAUGAGAUUUUUCAACUGGACCAGGAGAGAAAAAACUUGUUCCAGGCGAGGCAAGUGGUAUUCUCAGUCAUUGGAUGGCAGACCAUGAUUUGGAAAGCAGAGACUGGCGUCUGCCCACCAGGACAGCUUGCCAUUUCAGAUGAGAGGAACGGGUUUCAGGGCGAGAAUGAGCUUUCCUUUCGGCAGGACCAGUCUUGUUGCAAAAGGUCUCUCCAACAGGUGAUCAUGGGUUUCGGAAUCCUGUUGCCAUCUUCACCGCAGUGUCGAUUGGAGCUGAGGCGGGAAAGUCAAGCCACAGAAGGGACAACAGCAGCCCUGUCAUCAUCACCAAACUACAACUGUUUACCUACAAUCUCGCCGGCAUCGCUAAACAUGUUCAUGCUAUCUACAGUCGGUGGAAUCCGCAUACAGUGGACCGAUGUGCUUUCUCACCACCUCGAGCUGAACAACAAAGACCGCAUCAUCUAUCUCUAUCGAUUUCCUUCAUUUUGUCUUCUCAAUGUGCCCGCAACGUCUGACGAAGAAUCGAAGACCGAGAGACAUACUCCGAUAUACGCCUGCUGUGAUUCCACUGUAAAUAACAAAUACUGGGCUGGUCAGGAUGAUAUACGAGACCUGCUCCGCGAAACACUGCUGUCAUAUCGUGUCCUCUUCGGCCAGGAUAAACGAUCCAGGAAAAUGUACAAACGGCUCCGUCCGUUUGGAGAUUGCUCUAAGAGAGAACAAGACGUUCUGCUCAACGAGCUCUGCAGCCGCGAGCAUUGUGAUCUCACCGCUAACGAGGACCGUGACAAUUAUGACCCAUGCGAAGACUUUCCACUUUACAGCAAUAGAUUCAAGGUUCUUCAUCAGGUAUUGAUGAAUACCAAAGCACGGACCUGGAAACAACUCUGGAAGGACAAGCGGGAUUCAGCUGCCUGGCUCACAUUUUGGCUCUUAUUGAUCUUUGGUGGUCUUGGUGUCAUGUUCUCAUUCAUGCAGAUGAUCUUACAGGUGAUUGCAAUAUCUUUGGAUCGCGGCUAA